GUGAAAUGUCGCACAUACUUUCUUUUCUUAGGCCAUGUGGGUUGAAGUGGAGACAGCAGUAUCGGGUUUGUAGGGGACUUCGAUUAUUCACAGGCGGGUUGACAGCAGUUUUGAGUAGUCAUGGAUGCAGCUGGGGAUGAGUUUAUGAAGUAUCGGUCGCCGCUGGUGUCACGGUACGCCAGUAAAGAGAUGGCCUAUAACUUCAGCGACAGGAAGAAAUUCUCAACCUGGAGAAAACUCUGGAUUUACCUGGCCAAAGCGGAAAAGGCUCUCGGGCUGCCCAUCACAGAUGCGCAGGUGGAGGAGAUGGAGGCCCGGGCGGAGGACAUUGACUUCGCCAUGGCGGCUGAGGAGGAGCGGAAGCUGCGGCACGACGUGAUGGCGCACGUGCACACCUUCGCCCACUGCUGCCCAGCUGCUGCUCCCAUCAUCCACCUGGGUGCCACCUCCUGCUACGUGGGGGACAAUACGGAUCUGAUCGUACUGCGUGAUGGGUUUGACAUCCUUCUUCCCAAGCUUGCGCGAGUGAUUGACAGACUGGCGAACUUCGCAGACAAAUACGCCAACCUGCCGACCCUGGGAUUCACUCAUUACCAGCCUGCCCAGCUGACCACUGUGGGGAAGCGGGCCUGCCUCUGGCUCCAGGACCUGACCAUGGACAUGCGGAACCUUCAGCGCGCCCGUGACGACCUGCGUUUCCGCGGAGUCAAGGGGACCACUGGCACCCAGGCCAGCUUCCUGCAGCUGUUCCAAGGGGACCACGAUAAAGUGGAAGAACUUGACAGAAUGGUCACAGAAAUGGCGGGAUUUAAAAAGGCCUACCUGGUGACUGGACAGACCUACAGCCGCAAGGUGGACAUAGACUCCCUGUCAGUGCUCUCCAGUCUAGGCGCCACUGUUCACAAGACCUGCACUGACAUUCGCCUGCUGGCCAACCUGAAGGAGAUCGAGGAGCCGUUUGAGAAGGAGCAGAUCGGGUCCAGCGCCAUGCCCUACAAGCGGAACCCCAUGCGGGCCGAGCGCUGCUGCAGCCUGGCCCGCCACCUGGUGGCGCUGCUCUUCGACCCGCUGCAGACCGCCUCCGUCCAGUGGCUGGAGAGGACGCUGGACGACAGCGCCAACCGGAGAAUCUCCUUGCCUGAGUCCUUCCUCACUGCUGAUAUCAUCCUCAGUACUCUACAAAACAUUACAGAAGGUCUGGUGGUGUACCCCAAGGUGAUUGAGAGACACAUCCGUCAUGAGCUGCCCUUCAUGGCCACUGAGAACAUCAUCAUGGCCAUGGUGAAGGCUGGAGGGAACAGGCAGGACUGCCAUGAGAAAAUCAGAGUGCUGUCCCAGCAGGCUGCCGCCGUGGUCAAGCAGGAAGGGGGCGAUAACGACCUCCUGGCCCGGGUUCAGGCCGACCCCUACUUCGCCCCCAUCCUGGGACAGCUGGACGCUCUCCUGGACCCCAAAACCUUCAUAGGCAGAGCUCCUCAGCAGGUGUCCAGAUUUCUGUCUGAGGAGGUGUACCCUCUCCUGGAGCCAUACAAAAGCAAGAUGGACGUCAAGAUUGAGCUAGAGCUCUGAGCGCUGAUGUGGAUGUGCAGAUCAUAAUUUGACAGACAGAUCCUGUAGUUCUAAUGGGGUACAGUCCAGUGGGGUUUUGCUUUUUGUCAUCGACUUGCGCCUGGGAUGUCACAACAUUCCUGUAGUCUCCUGUCUCAGUGAAUCCUCACAUUACUUCACCAGAAACCUCUGGGAACCUGCACACUUAUGAAGUUACUAAAGACGAUCUGUUUUAUAAAUACAUCUACACGUACCCCUGAACACUGUGCAUGUUGUAGCUGUAUGGGAAUAAAGAAAUGCUGUCUCAA